GCACCCUGCUUGAGAACCGUUGGGCUGGGAGAAACAUCUCCACGUGAAACACAAUGGCAAACGCGUAAGCACAUGCUAACAUAUUUUAUUUAUUUUUAAGCAACUGGCACUAUGUUUCAGUCAAUGGACAGAGCUCAAUCAACCCCAGAUCUCCAGUUCUAUUAUGGAUCUUUGUAACUCCAUAUUUAAUAGCAUGCAGAUAGCUGAGGAAAAUAGCGAGGAAAUAUAUAAAAGAUUUUUAUUUCACUACUCAAGAGCUCAAGAUUCAGCAUAUCCACUUAAAAAUGGGGAACAAAUUGCUACUGCAGAGUUUACAAAGAAGGAUAGUCCUGGUACCAUGGGACGACCCUUUUUUCUUUUCAGGCCUCGAAAUGGAAGGACUAUUGAAGAUGGUGGAAUGUAGGCCAUCCAGAAGAUUUCCAUGGAGCAUGAAGUUAACGGGGUAACUGCUCAGCCCAUAAUCAGACUUGAUUUAUACAAGGAAAAGAAACCUCCUCUUGGACUAUUUGGGCUCCUAUUCCACUUAUUAAGUGAUAAAUUCACUAAGACACCCAAAUGUGAUCCUAUUCCACCCUGCUUGAGCUUUUGAAAAACUGUUAAUACAUCUACUUUUAAAAUAUGGCAUCAUCUUAGCUAUCACGCUAAUAAAUAACAAAAAGCAGCAAGGAAGAAAAAGAAACCUUACCUUACGUUAACAGUUUUUCAAGGACAAAAUAGGAUGGAAUAGGAUUGUACUUAGGUGCCUAAAACCACUUAGGCACCUAAUAGGUAGAAUAGGAUCUUGCCCCUUGUCUAUUGUAAGUGACUCACUUGUCUAAAGUAUACCAUUCCAUCAAAUAAAUUUGCAAUUGUUAAUCAC